UUGAACUUUCAAAUGAUCUUGUUGUAUGUUUCAAGUAUCCCAUAGUUCUACAACAAACCUCUAAAAAAAUUUGGAAUUAGGAAAAAAACUACAAAAUUUAUUUUAUGUUGUUUGUAGUAGCUUCUGCCACGACAUCCUCAUCUGUACUAGCUCUCCUUUCGCUUAGGGUGGUAGAUUUUUUCACGCACAUUCUACAGAUUUUGGGGUUUAGACACACAGAUCUCUCACUAUGGAUAUCUAGAACUAAAUGAAAAAAUGAAAGACUCUAUCUCUACAUCCUUCUGCUGGGAUCUCUCAGGAAGCAAGAGUCUUAUGCAAAUAGUUUCCGGGCUUCUUGAAAUAGACAUGCAAAUUAGAACCCACAGUGGCUUUGGGCUACACCACAUUAUACACAUAACAGGAAAAGGAGGAUGAAAGGUUCUUUCUGAGCUAUAUGCCUGGGAAAACCUGUUCAGACACAGACAUUGGCAAAAGAUGAUCAGCAUAUGGAGCGGCCUUGGGUUGAUUUAACAAAGAAAAAGUAUCGAGGCCCAGGGACCUAGAUUCAAAGCAUUCCUUUCUCCUGGGCUUUGUUUUCUCUCAUUCCGCGCUGUCUGAUUGUGUAACUGUCUAAACAAAUUCAGACAUGAAAGGGAAACACCCUACACGACUUUAGCGGUCGCGUUUGUUUGUGCUCCAUCGUAGUACCCACGCAGCUGUAUCCGGGCAGGCCAUGCACGAGGAUGUGGUAAGGAAAUCUAUCAUUUCCUUAAAAAAUAAAAAAUAAAUAAAUAAGAAAAUGCGCCUUUAUUCUCCAAACUUCUCUUCUUUCAUUUCUGACUUAUAGCCCAUGAGCCACACAUCUGGGCUACUUUGAAAGAAAGCUUAGGGGGAUUGAUUUCACUGAGAGGUGGAAACAGAAGCCAUGCUUUGCCCGGCCUGGACGUGUGCUUCUGGGAACGUUCAGAGGCUCCUCAGGAGAUGGGCACGGUGCCUUGUAUAAAGCACUUCAGCCUUUGUUGAGCAAACAAAUUCCCUUAAAUUGGAACAACAAAAAAAUACCUUUUUUAACAUUGGAGAAGUAGUAAUUUCUCCAUUUUUUUUAACAUAAUAGAAUAGAAAGUUGGCUAAGAGAAGCUAGAUAAAUAACUGAGAUUACUCAACAAGCUAGGUAUAGAAAAUGGGUUCAGGGGCCGGUUGCAGUGGCUCACGCCUGUAAUCCAUCCCAGCACUUUGGGAGGCCAAGGCAGGGGAUCACUUGAGGUCAGGAGUUCGAGACCAGCCUGGCCAACAUGGUGAAACCCCAUCUCUACUAAAAAAAAAAAAAAAAAAAAAAAAAAAAAAAAAUUAACCGGUUGUGGUGUUAUGCACCUGUAAUCCCAGCAACUCUGGAGGCUGAGGCAGGAGAAUCGCUUGAACCCAGGAGGCAGAGUUUGCAGUGAGCCGAGAUGGCACCACCGCACUCCAGCCUGGGCAACAGAGAGUGAGACUCUCUCAAAAAAAAAAAAAAAAAAAGAAAGAAAAGAAAAACAAAAAAGGAAAUGUGUUAAGGUGUAAGUGCUUUGGUGAUCUACUUUUAGAAGGUCCAACCCCUUUCUCCAAACCAUGACCAGGUAAAAACAUGCUUGGAAACCAUAGCAAAGUUUUCAAAUUAAGCCUUUUUUUCUGGAGCUAUUUUCCAUAUCUCAUAAUUUCUCUUUGUUCUUAUGAUUACUAUGAUGUUUAAAGUCAAUACUGUUCACAAAGUUUGGUUUCUUAGGUUAUGCUGAGGUACUGAGUCAGAAAAAUCAUGUCUUACUAAAAUUGAGACAGAAAUAUUCUUCACACCUGAUCAAAAUGCCAACUGGCUUUAUGACCUCAGGUAUGAGUGUCUCUGUUUAUGAACAUUUUUAAAAGACAGUAGUUUUGCUUUUAAUGAACAUAUUUAGAUACCAUGGUUAAGAUUCAAUUUGCAAGAUAGAAUGCAUUUCCAGGUUUGGGAGUAAAAGAUGCCCAUCAAUUUCAUUAUUUUGACACAGUGAGAAAUUGAAUCAAGCAAUUACUUUCCUUUGUGCCUCAGGUUGAAGCUGGCCAAUGAAAUUUAAGACACAGGAGUGAUUUGAAAAAAAAAAAGAAAACAACUCCUUAGAGCUAUGAAAAUAAUGCACAUUGAGGCACAUUUAUUGUUUGAAAGGUCACAUUGUAAACAUAAUUCCAUUAUUAGGCAAUCCCAGUACUGUUAAAGGGACCAUCAGACACUAUGCAGGCAUGGCCCAUUCCAACUUGUAAAAUUAGAAUAACUUAGAAGAAUGAGCUUUUAUAACAUAAAGGAAUUUCCUGCAGAUUUCUAAAUAAAUUAAUGUGUAACUUUCCAAGACACCACUAAUGAUGUAAAGUGAACUCUGUCUGCACAUUAUUUCAUUCGUGCAUGACACAUAACUGUUUUCAAAUAAAGUGAGGUGUAAAUUCAGUUUUAAAUUAAGAAAAAUCGAGUCUAAGACCAUAUAAUCUGGAGAUCACUUAUCAGCACUCUGUAAACUUCAGUGUUCUUGUUUUUCUCUUCAAAUAUGUUACUGCCUAGCUCUAUGCUUUCUCAGCAUGGGUCAGUCUCUCUGUCUGAAGUCCUCCCUCGCCUCCUGCACAUCUCCACCCCAUCCUGCUUACGACAGCCCCACGCGCCAACAUCCUAACCUCCUCCAGAUGGUCAAAGCCACCUUCAAGAAUAGGAUUUCCCUUGAAGCAGCCUAAUCAACAAUCCCAGGUGAAAUGAGUACUUCUCCCAACGUUUGCUUCCACUUGAAUUGUUCAACCCUCCUGCUAGUUCUCACUCAGCAGAAUUCAGAAGGUUUCUGUGAUUGUUACCUCUAAUCCUUGGAGUUCUUAAAUUUUUCAACAGCCUUCACCUGUACUCUUCACACUGGUAACCUCAGGGCAGAGCCCCUGGUCGAACCUGCCUUAAAGGAGGUUCUCAGCACAUGUGUCUACCUUGAAGGAACCUAGGAACAUCCCUGUACCAAGGGGUUCAUGAGUUACUUUUAGGGUAGAUGAUGGGGGUCUCUUUCACACCCCUACCACGAAGGAUGGGCCAAUUAGAGAAAAAAAAUUUUGUCUUGUCAGACUUCUCUUGCUCUGUUGUCCAGGCUGGAGUGCAGUGGCAAGAUCAGAGAUCACUGCAGCCUCAAACUCCUGGGCUCAAACUCUCCUCCUGCCUUAGCCCUCCAAGUAGCUGAAACUAUAGGCAUGUGCCACCUUGCCUGGCUAUUAUUAUUAUUUUUUAUUUUUUGUAGAGACAGUGUCUUCUUAUGUUACCCAAGCUGGUCUUGAACUACUGGCCCCAAGCAAUUUCAUUGCCUGAGCCUCCGAAAGCACUGGGAUUCCAGGCAUGUGCUACUGCACCCUAUCUCUCUCUCUUUUUAAAAACACAGCUUGAGAGUUCAAAGAAGUCUUAGAAGCAGAAACUGUGUCAACUCCCAUCUCCAUUGAUCACUAUCAUUUUUGUCCCCUCCCCAGUCUAGGUUUGAUAAACAAUUAUACGGCAGUUUGGUAGUAGUGUUGGGGUUGCCUCUUAUAAAGAAAAAGCCACAAAUAAAGCUUUUGAAAGUGGUUUGUCCAAGUCCUGACAAUCCUGAACAUUUUGACAGAAAUAUCAAGAAAAGAUGUAGUCCAGGUACCGUGGCUCACGUCUGUAAUCCCAGCAUGCACUUUGGGAGGCCGAGGCGGGCAGAUCACUCAAGUUCAGGAAUUCAAGACCAGCCUGGUCAAUAUGGCAAAACCCCAUCUCAACUAAAAGUACACAAAUUAGCUGGGCAUGGUGGUGCACAUCUGUAGUCCCAGCUGCUGGGGAGGCUGAGGCAGGAGGAUUGCUUGAGCUUAGGAAGCCGAGGUUGCAGUGAGCUGUGAUUGUGCCCCUGCACUCCAGCCUGGACAACAGAGUGAGACCCUAUCUCAAAUAAAAAAAAAAUUCAUGGUAGUCAUUUCACAAUGCGUACAUAUAUCAGAACAUAGUGUUUUAUACCAGAAAUAUGUGCAAUUUUUAUUUGUCAAAAAUUAAAAUGUUUGCCUGCAUAAUUUCUGUCGCACAAUUCUUUAGUUUGGAGCUUGGAAAUAACCCAACAAAAGCGGGAGGUAAAAAUGCUACCCUGCAUGCUAACUUUGCAGGAACAUCCAACUGCUUCCCCUCUGUGAGGACGGGAAGAAGGAGGCAUUGCUUCCGCCCAGAUGCCUGUCUCUCAGCUUUCUCCUUAUCUGGGCUCCCAGAGGUCUUCUGAGCAAACACAGGGGCAGCGAUCUGGGGCUGCAGCAGCUGUCGGUUUUCUUCUCCCUCUUGACAAAAGUACUUAAACCACAAACCUUAAGGAAAAAAACAAAAAAAAGAAAAAAGUGGAAAUAGCUCUUUUCAAACACUGGAAAAUAAUGUCACUCUGCUCUUUAGAUGUUUUCAUAAAACAUCGGGGCAGGUAGAGAACCAUUUCCAGCUGAAGUGUUUAUGAUAAUGAAGAAAAGCAGUUUUAUUUUUCCCACUGUGAGACACUUUUUCGGAAAGGCAAGAACUGCUGAAGGGAAAAGUCUCCAAGGGCUAGAUUCCAAUUAACUUCUGUACCGAUUGCUGAUAACUUUAGGCAAUUGCUGUUCUUUAGAAAAUGGGGCAGAGUCUAAAAGAUCAUAAAGACGAGACGACUGAUCAAGGCAUAGAACCUCAUACCGUGUUUUCCUCAGUGUGCCACAAUUUUAAGGAAUUGUAAAUAAAAUACAGUAGAUCCUAUACUUGACAUUCAAUAACAUAGAAGUGCCGGAAUGUGUGUCUUGGAGCUUAGACAUUGAUCUGGGGUCUGGAAAAUAGUAAUCAUACAACCCAUCACUGCGCAUGGGUGAGCCACAGAAAUGUGACAGCAUUGGAAGAACUUGAAAUUUUUGGAGUGAGAAAACCUGCGUUUGGAGUUCUAGUCAGCUCUGCUCCACAGUUUAGGAACUCUCAUCUUGGAUUAGGAAUCGUAUCCAUUGGCUGCAUAACAAAUGCAAUGCCUGGUGCCACACAGUAAUAGGCAUUGGUUUUUCAGAAGACUGUAGAGUUUUGCUGAUGUAGGCUGGGCUCAGCUGAUCUUGGCUAGUCUCACUCAUUUGUGAUUCUCUGGCUUGCUCGUAAGUCUGUAAUGGAGGUUGGGUCUUCUGUUAUCCUCCUGUUGGAAUCAGCAGACUAGCGUGGGUGUAUCUUUCCCAUGCGCAUUUCAAAAUUCUGCUUGUACCGCCUUUGCUAGCCUUCUAUCCAUACUUGGGGAAAAAGAGAGGGUGGCAAAGUCACAUAGCAAAUUGCAUGGAUAACAAAAUGUAUGAAUAAUCAGGACCAAAUGAUGCUAUCUACUACCAUACUUAAUUCUCUCAAUCUCAGGUCAUCAUCUGUUAAAUGGGAAUAAUAAUACACCUGUUAAAAUUAAGUGAGAUGACACUGAAGAGUAUCUAGCUCAAGCCCUGGAACAAAGCUGAUGCUCAAUAAAUAUUACUCUUCUCCUAUUCACCUCUCCAAUCUUAUAAAAUGAAAAUGAAUACCUGCCACAUCUCAUGGGAUCAUUGUGAGGUUUGUUUUUUGUUUGUUUGUUUUUUGGUUUUGUUUUUGUUUUGCUUUGUUUUUUUUUGAUGGAUUCUUGCUCUCUGUAGCCCAGGCUGGAGUGCAGUGGCACAAUCUCAGCUCACUGCAACCUCCGCCUCCCAGAUUCAAGCGAUUCUCCUGCAUCAGCCUCCUGAGUAGCUGGGACUAUAGAUGUGCACCACCAUACCCAGCUGAUUUGUAUAUUUUUAGUUGAGAUGGGGUUUUGUCAUAUUGAUCAGGCUGAUCUUGAAUUCCUGAACUCAAGUGAUCUGCCUGCCUCGGCCUCCCAAAGUGCUGGGAUUACAGGCGUGAGCCACCGUGCCCGGCCCAUUCUGAGGUUUUUAAAAAGGCAAACACAUGUAAAAACAAUUUGAAAGAAUGUUAAUCGCUAUAUAAUUUUUGUAUCGGAAGAACUUGUAGAAUGUUUUCUCUUACCUAGACAUGAAUAAAUUUAAGCACUUAAUAUUAAAUCACAAUUUUUAUUGAGCACUUUAGUACAUAGCAGGUGAAAAUUUUCUCUGUGCUAAGCUCGGAUAUUUAUAUUAUAAAUGAAAGCAAAUAUGUGUGGCUGAGGAGGGUUGAGGCAGAGAGAAAAAGGGGGAAGGAGAUUUGUCAUGUUAGUUACAUAACUCCUUCAGUGUUACCCAAGAUAUCUGGAACUGAUCCAGGAAGAAGACCUUUUCUAUCCAUUAUCAUCCCAAAGCCUACAACUUGAUGAAGAUGUUUCUAAAUAGUAAAGAGUGGUGAGCAGGUCACAGAGGGUAAAGCCUUCAUGGUGCUUAGGUCACAAUCUUCUCACCUUAAUAAAUCAUCAACUCUUUAUGAAGCAGGCAGUGCAAUCCCAGAUAAUAAACCCUAAUUGUUUGGCUAGCUAUGAUCCCCAGAGACUCUAAGGGGCCUAAAGAAAUUAACCUCAAAAAUGGCAGAGAUGUGGGGAAGAAAGGGUCAGUGUUUAAGCGCAAGAGAUGGAAAACCUGAGCCUCCAACCAUGGCAUACCCAACAGCCUUUGUGACAUUUACAAGUGCUCCUAGUCUAGAGAAGUUUAUUAUAAAGUUAUUAUUUCCCUCUCUUUUUUGACAUCAAAAUAUGAAAGAAGGGUGGCUCAAAGGGCAAGGGCAUUUGCUAAGAGAGGUUCCUUGGUGCGGGGAGUUUUCCUCUGGAGGUGAGAAGUCCACCUACCACAGAGUAGAAACUCCUUAAGUCAGAUUUCAGAGGAAACUCCCUUUCUCUUGUGGUGUAAACUUAAUUAAUAUUUCACCGGUGUCUACAUAUUUGAUAUUUAUUUGACUUUUUUUUUUCUAAGUGUGGGUUAAUCCCAGAUGGUAAAUUGCAAGCAGAGAGUGCCCUAAUCCAAAGAAAUCUGUGAGGCAAAAAUGCAAAUUGUUCUUGCUUCUGAAUACUUUGGUAACAUUGAUCAAUGUCAAGGGUGUUAGAGUGCCUAAUGAUCUGACAAUUAUUCUUCACGGACAUUUAUUGCCCAGGUUAAAAUAUUUUCUAAUUCCCACCACCCUCUCUCUCUUCCUGCCCCCUUCACCCUGCAACAAUUCAACCACUUCACACAAGACAUAAAAGGUGCAGUCAUCAGUAUUUAAAGGACUUGGAAAUGAUAAGUGAUAAAUGGACUAGUGUGCUCCAUUUUAUAUAUGUUUAUCUUUGAUAAACACAAGACUUUGUGCUUUUAAGCGUCUAACACAGAACCUGGCUUGAAGUGGAUGUUCAAUGAAUAUUGGUUUCCUGAAUACAUAAGUGAACGAGGUACUCAAAGUUAAUGUAAUAGCCUAAUAGUCUAAAAUAAAAUACUUUCAAAUGCUUACUUUGCAACCCCUGACUAAUAAAGAACAGAAACUUAAAAUGUGCUUUUAAGUCUUUAUAUGUCUUAUGUUGGUGGGGAUUAUUUUUAAUGAAAUAACACAAGGUGGAAAUAGUACACUAGCAGUGGCUUCAUUGAACUGAAUGCUGUGUGGGUGAAUUACUUAGCUGAAGCUUCUGCAGUAUAGCAGUAAGAAUAGUACUUCCCUCGUAGGGCAGGGGGUAAGGGAAUUGUGUGAACUACUGCAUGAAAUCACUUAGCCCAGUGCCUGCCACCAGGUAAGCAUUCAACAGCUAUUGCCAUUCUCAUCUUUACCAUCAACAGCAGCAGCAUCUCAGGAACUAAUUGAUAGGUUCCAAGUCCUAUUGAUUCCAGAGGUUUAGUCAAGGACCUCUCAGACCAUUAUAAAAAUAUGGUGAACAACCCCAGGCUCCAGGGGCUAAAUGGCUGGUGUGUAAACAACCAGAAAAGUUCUACCCUCCCUAAGUGGUGCACUUAUACAGAAUAUUCCAAAUUCCUUCCAAAAGUCCUUUCCUUUGACUCAGGAAAGCUAUUCUGGUUCCAAAAUCUAUGGUUGGAGUUUUUCAGAAAACAACCAGCCUUAAACAUGCAAUCAGUCGAAUUUUGUUUAACCUUGGCAUAGUCCCCCCUCUGUUCUAUCUACUUUAAACAAACCUUUAGGGAGAUUGAGAGCCAGAGAGAGUACAGAGGGCCAGGAGGCAGGGGGGCAGGUAAUCAAUUGUACCAGAGAUGUAUUUUUUUUUUAAUAUCAAGGAUAAAACUCUUGAGAAGGGGACAUGAUUGGGGCCAGGCACAGUGGCUGACACCUAUAAUCCGAGCACUUUGGGAGGCCAAGGUGGGCGGAUAAUUUGUGGCCAGGAGUUCAAGACCAGCCCCGCCAACAUAGCGAAACCCCAUCUCUACUAAAAAUACAAAAAAUUAGCUGGGCAUGGUGGAGGCUGAGGCAUGAGAAUCACUUGAAUCCAGGAGUUAGAGAUUGCAGUGAGCCAAGAUCAUGCCACUGCACUCCAGCCCGGGCAACAGAGUGAGACUUUGUCUCAAAAAAAAAAACAAAAACAAAAACAAACAAAAAGAAGGUUACAUGAUUGGAAAUUCUGAUGAGAGGGGUUUCUGAGGUUAGAAAGGGCACAAACAGUGCAAACCUGUUCAUGAACCUGUUCAUGUCAUGAACAGGGCAGAAUGCUUCAGGAAAGAAUUGUCGAAAGUAAAAAAGCAAAUAAUGGAUGCAGCUUAUUCUAGUUAUUGAAGAAUCCAAUGGGAUGGAAGCUAAAUGUAGCACGUGGCAUGGGCGAUGUCUCAACAGUGAGUGGGAUAACAAGACGUUUUAAUGGUUCAGGGCCAAUAACCGGGGAGGAUGAGGAACGGCAUCUCUGUUUUGAGUAAACAAGAGUGAUUUCCUUCCCUGACACUGAAAAAUGAAACCUUUGGGGAAAUAGAGGAAGGGUCUGGGGAAGAGGAGAGAGAAUAGAAUUAAAGAUGGAAGUAAGGCUGGGUGCAGUGGCUCAUGCCUGUAAUCCCAUCACUUUGGGAGGCCGAGGGGGUGGAUCAUGAGGUCAGGAGAUUGAGACCAUCCUGGCCAACAUGGUGAAACCCCGUCUCUACUAAAAAUACAAAAAUUAGCUGGGUGUGGUGGUGCGUGCCUAUAAUCCCAGCUACUCGGGAGGCUGAGGCAGGAGAAUCACUUGAACCUGGGAGGCGGAGAUAGCAGUGAGCUAGUGAGCUGAGAUUGCGCCGUUGCACUCCAGCCUGGCCAACAGAGGGAGACUCCAUCUCAAAAAAAAAAAGAUGGAGGUGAAGGAAUGAGAUUCUCAUGGAGACAAUUUAGUUUUUUAUUUCCUAGGAGAAAGUUGAUCAUGGGUAUACAGUUAGGAGAAGAGUCACAAAGAGAAUGGCACUAAACUGGAAAUGGAAGUCACAUCAGAAGGUUUGCAAUCCCACAGAGAAACCCAAAAACAUGGGGAGAGGUUGGUAUGAAUAAUGCAAUGAUAGAUGGAAAGGCUUGAUGAGUUGGUUGAGUUUUGUAUCAAACCUGCUAUGAAAUAUAGGGCCUUGGAAUAAGGACUUUGUCUACCGUAUUCUCCACUGUGUCAUCAGAACAAGAACAGCUUCCAGCACGUACUAAGUGCCUUACAACUAUUUGUUGAAUGACUACAUGAAGAGAAGAAAAUAUUAGGGAUCCCUAAACACUACAAUACAAAAUAAGAAGUAUUGUUUAAGUCAAUACCCAAGAAAUAAGGUCCAGAGUCCCCCAGAAAUGGCAAUAAUCUUUUAUAUAAGGACAGCGAGUUGCACUCAAUAUGUUGGGUCUACAGAUUUGUCAGGAUGCUAAGACUCUGGUCAAAGGAUGUACAUGCCUGGUUAAGUGAGAAUGAGGUUGCAGCCUGCAACUAAGGUGACGCAGAGAAAGAGUUAAGAAUAGAAAAUUGGACCCCGAGCAGCGGCUCACAUCUGUAAUCCCAACACUUUGAGAGGCUGAGGUGGAAGGAUCUCUUGAGGCCAGGAGUUUGAGACCAGCCUGGGAAACAUAGCAAGACCCUGUCUCCAUAAAAAAAUUAAAAAUUAGUUGGGCAUGGUGGUGCAUGCCUACAGUCACAGAUAUUCAGGAGGCUGAGGCAGGAGGAUCUCUUGAACCCAGUAGUUCAAGGCUGUAGUGAGCCAUCAUUGCAUUACUGUACUCCAGCCUGAGCAACCAACAGACACUCUGUAAAAAAAAAAAAAAAAAAAAAAAAAAAAAAAAAAAAAGGAAGCAAACUGGAGACUACGAAGGAGGUGAUCAAGAGGUGAUAGAGUUGGUGUAGAUACUGAAGUUCUUUUGGAAUGCUGAUGUGUGAACGGGAGGAGAAGAAGGAUGUUAAUUAGGGAUGAAAAGCAUCAAUGAAGGAAGAGGCAGGGGCCUGGGACCAGCCUGUGAUUCCAUCUGGAGGACAGAGUGGCUCGCCCUAUCUUGGGGAUGUCUUGUGAGUACAAGAAUCACAGAUGGAAAGAAGGGCAAGGGACAGGGGCAUCUUCCUUAAAUCGCAUUGAUAGGUUCAUGUAUGGUGCACAUGUGUCACAUAUAUGAUGCAAAAGGGGUCCUGGCCCCUUGGUGAUGGCAUAGAUGUGUGUAGCCACAUUUAAGGAGUCACCAGCUGAAGUAGAGAUGUUGAAUUAUUCUCACAGAGAAAAUUCCUCAAGCAUAAAGAAGUUCAGAAAAAUCUCAUCUUUUCUACUGCAUUAUGCUCUGACCUAGGUCUUUGCCAUUUUUCUUUCAUUGUGUAUUUUUUUCCAAGUGACCAGCAAUGCUGAAUGAAACAGUCAAUCCUGAUUUAUUUGGACUCCUGGACAGUGUGCCCGUACGCGCGCGUCCACACACACACACACACAUACACACACACAGACACACACACACUUUUUUUUUUAAUACUUGACUAUUCAGGAUCAGAGUCCAUAAAUCUGUUUUUGAAACUUUCUCUAAAAAGGGGCUACAGUUAUGUGCCUCUAAACAUCUGGCCAAACUGCAGAAGAACGCAGUUAACUAUCCAGAUGUGAAAUUCACAGUGGGCUGAACAUGGGUAUUUAGAAGUACUCCACGCAGUGGGAUUUCUUUUUCAGCUUUCUGUACCCAGACCAGAAAAGCAGCUCAGCAGUGGUGUCAACUAGAUCCAUUCCUGUGGGAGUCCCACUUCUUAAGAGAGGAAUGAAUGAUGAACGAAUGAAUGAAUGAAUGAACGAACAAACGCAACAGUGCUCUCAGCUCUGGAGAGAACAAGCUACAGAGCCCAAAGCGGCUGGAUGCUCCGGCUCAGCCCCCCUCGCCUCCUGCCCUGGAUGAGCUGCCCUGUGGGUUGGUUCAGAUCACUUUUCUUGGCUCAAAUGCGUUACCUAAGACAGAGACCAUUUGUCAAGUGAGCAGGGUACACAGAGAGCUGUAGGCAGAUUAUGGAAAGAGAGAGGGAGGAGAGAGAGGGAGGAGAGAGAGCGCGGGAGAGGGAGAAAGAGAGAGGGGACCAGGGCGAGGAGAGGAGCAGGCUUCUCCAGGAACGGCGCUUUGCAGGCGCUGGGGAUUCAAGUUAGACCGGGUGGCGGUGCAGAGGCGCCACCCGGGAGAGGGGAGCCACCACCGCUCCCGACAUGGCUCUUUUCAUGUGGGAUGCUUAAGCACGGCACACAGAGAGAGUAACUUGCAGGAGACAGAAACUGGCAUGAGGAUUCUGCCACCAUGGAAGGGCUCCUGUCUCCGAUGAGGACGAAGAUGACGGAGGGCCGCCGAUGUCAAGUACAUCUUCUUGAUGACAGGAAGCUGGAACUCCUAGUACAGCCCAAGCUGUUGGCCAAGGAGCUUCUUGACCUUGUGGCUUCUCACUUCAAUCUGAAGGAAAAGGAGUACUUUGGAAUAGCAUUCACAGAUGAAACGGGACACUUAAACUGGCUUCAGCUAGAUCGAAGAGUAUUGGAACAUGACUUCCCUAAAAAGUCAGGACCCGUGGUUUUAUACUUUUGUGUCAGGUUCUAUAUAGAAAGCAUUUCAUACCUGAAGGAUAAUGCUACCAUUGAGCUUUUCUUUCUGAACGCGAAGUCCUGCAUCUACAAGGAGCUUAUUGACGUUGACAGCGAAGUGGUGUUUGAAUUAGCUUCCUAUAUUUUACAGGAGGCAAAGGGAGAUUUUUCUAGCAAUGAAGUUGUGAGGAGUGACUUGAAGAAGCUGCCAGCCCUUCCCACCCAAGCCCUGAAGGAGCACCCUUCCCUGGCCUACUGUGAAGACAGAGUCAUUGAGCACUACAAGAAACUGAACGGUCAGACAAGAGGUCAAGCAAUCGUGAACUACAUGAGCAUCGUGGAGUCUCUCCCAACCUACGGGGUUCACUAUUAUGCAGUGAAGGACAAGCAGGGCAUACCAUGGUGGCUGGGCCUGAGCUACAAAGGGAUCUUCCAGUAUGACUACCAUGAUAAAGUGAAGCCAAGAAAGAUAUUCCAAUGGAGACAGUUGGAAAACCUGUACUUCAGAGAAAAGAAGUUUUCCGUGGAAGUUCAUGACCCACGCAGGGCUUCAGUGACAAGGAGGACGUUUGGGCACAGCGGCAUUGCAGUGCACACGUGGUAUGCAUGUCCAGCAUUGAUCAAGUCCAUCUGGGCUAUGGCCAUAAGCCAACACCAGUUCUAUCUGGACAGAAAGCAGAGUAAGUCCAAAAUCCAUGCAGCACGCAGCCUGAGUGAGAUCGCCAUCGACCUGACCGAGACGGGGACGCUGAAGACCUCGAAGCUGGCCAACAUGGGCAGCAAGGGGAAGAUCAUCAGCGGCAGCAGCGGCAGCCUGCUGUCUUCAGGCUCUCAGGAAUCAGAUAGCUCGCAGUCGGCCAAGAAGGACAUGCUGGCUGCCUUGAAGUCCAGGCAGGAAGCUCUGGAGGAAACCCUGCGUCAGAGGCUGGAGGAACUGAAGAAGCUGUGUCUCCGAGAAGCUGAGCUCACGGGCAAGCUGCCAGUAGAAUAUCCCCUGGAUCCAGGGGAGGAACCACCCAUUGUUCGGAGAAGAAUAGGAACAGCCUUCAAACUGGAUGAACAGAAAAUCCUGCCCAAAGGAGAGGAAGCUGAGCUGGAACGCCUGGAACGAGAGUUUGCCAUUCAGUCCCAGAUUACGGAGGCCGCCCGCCGCCUAGCCAGUGACCCCAACGUCAGCAAAAAACUGAAGAAACAAAGGAAAACCUCGUAUCUGAAUGCACUGAAGAAACUGCAGGAGAUUGAAAAUGCAAUCAAUGAGAACCGCAUCAAGUCUGGGAAGAAACCCACCCAGAGGGCUUCGCUGAUCAUAGACGAUGGAAACAUUGCCAGUGAAGACAGCUCCCUCUCAGAUGCCCUUGUUCUUGAGGAUGAAGACUCUCAGGUUACCAGCACAAUAUCCCCCCUACAUUCUCCUCACAAGGGACUCCCUCCUCGGCCACCGUCGCACAACAGGCCUCCUCCUCCCCAGUCCCUGGAGGGACUCCGACAGAUGCACUAUCACCGCAACGACUAUGACAAGUCACCCAUCAAGCCCAAAAUGUGGAGUGAGUCCUCUUUAGAUGAACCCUAUGAGAAGGUCAAGAAGCGCUCCUCUCACAGCCAUUCCAGCAGCCACAAGCGCUUCCCCAGCACAGGAAGCUGUGCGGAAGCUGGCGGAGGAAGCAACUCCUUGCAGAACAGCCCCAUCCGCGGCCUCCCGCACUGGAACUCCCAGUCCAGCAUGCCGUCUACGCCAGACCUGCGGGUCCGGAGUCCCCACUACGUCCAUUCCACGAGGUCGGUGGACAUCAGCCCCACCCGACUGCACAGCCUCGCACUGCACUUUAGGCACCGGAGCUCCAGCCUGGAGUCCCAGGGCAAGCUCCUGGGCUCGGAGAACGACACCGGGAGCCCCGACUUCUACACCCCGCGGACUCGUAGCAGCAACGGCUCAGACCCCAUGGACGACUGCUCGUCGUGCACCAGCCACUCGAGCUCGGAGCACUACUACCCGGCGCAGAUGAACGCCAACUACUCCACGCUGGCCGAGGACUCGCCGUCCAAGGCGCGCCAGAGGCAGAGGCAGCGGCAGCGGGCGGCGGGCGCACUGGGCUCAGCCAGCUCGGGCAGCAUGCCCAACCUGGCGGCGCGCGGGGGUGCGGGGGGCGCAGGGGGCGCGGGGGGCGGUGUGUACCUGCACAGCCAGAGCCAGCCCAGCUCGCAGUACCGCAUCAAGGAGUACCCGCUGUACAUCGAGGGCGGCGCCACGCCCGUGGUGGUGCGCAGCCUGGAGAGCGACCAGGAGGGCCACUACAGCGUCAAGGCUCAGUUCAAGACAUCCAACUCCUACACGGCGGGCGGCCUGUUCAAGGAGAGCUGGCGCGGCGGCGGCGGCGACGAGGGCGACACGAGCCGCCUGACGCCGUCGCGAUCGCAGAUCCUGCGGACUCCGUCGCUGGGCCGUGAGGGCGCCCACGACAAGGGCGCGGGCCGUACCGCCGUCUCAGACGAGCUGCGCCAGUGGUACCAGCGUUCCACCGCCUCGCACAAGGAGCACAGCCGCCUGUCGCACACCAGCUCCACCUCCUCGGACAGCGGCUCGCAGUACAGCACCUCCUCCCAGAGCACCUUCGUGGCGCACAGCAGGGUCACCAGGAUGCCCCAGAUGUGCAAGGCCACGUCAGCUGCCUUACCUCAAAGCCAGAGAAGCUCCACACCGUCAAGUGAAAUUGGAGCCACCCCCCCAAGCAGCCCCCACCACAUCCUAACUUGGCAGACUGGGAGCUACAAUGAUAGCUGUUUCCUGGAUUCCUCCCUCUAUCCAGAACUAGCUGAUGUCCAGUGGUACGGGCAGGAAAAAGCCAAGCCCGGGACCCUCGUGUGAGCCAGCCCGGCCUAAUCUGACCGCCUCAACGCCAUUCUGAGAUCACCUCACUGCCUCUCAUUUGCCUUACCCAGACGCACCGUCACCCUGCACCAGCUUCGGCCCUCAGCACUUUUUUUCUCCUGUCUCCACAUUCCCUCCCCCUUGAAAACCUGACUGAGGAGACAUUCUGGAAGGUUCCGGUCCCACUGUGUGUCCCCUGGCGCUCUUGCCCAUAGAGAGCCAGACACCAAUCCUCAAUGGCACCUUGGUGGCUUCCCUCUGCCAUGACAGCCCCUAGGCCAGGAACCAUCAGCGGGGCCAGCCGGCAUCCAAUUCCUGCGGAUAAGUAGCGUUGGGAGAGAACGGGAAAGGGGACUUGAGUUACAGGGUGACCCAGAAAGACGAUUCAGCUGUGUCCAGCCUGCCACCCAUACGUAGGCCAACCAAGCACUUCAUGAAGAGGAGGCCUCGUGGCAUAUUCAGUUUACACCUGAAAUAUUCCUUGAUGGGACAGCUUGUGGGGAUGGCUAUGGGGGAAGGGGAGGAUGAGAAAGGAAGUUCUCGACACCAGAAAUGCAUCGGAGGACCACAAUCAGUUCUAUGCUGCCAAAGAUUAAAAAUAAAUAAAAACAUAAAAAAUUAAGAGGGGCCAAGAGGAAGACAUUCUUUCUGCAAGGAAAUUUCCUUUAAAUUCUGAACUGCUACUACACACAAGUGAAAGUCAACCCUGUGUAAACUGGUGUCCUCUCUCUAGCCCUCUCCCCUACUGGCCCACUUCUCUCUCCGUAGAGAGCCUGAAAAACUGCCCCAAUGCCACGGUAAAGGCGAGGAAGUCUUGGCUGGCGUUGCUGACUCACAGUCGCCAUCCAUCUGGACACAAAGAGAGACCUGUGGGAGUCGUAGAGGGUACUGUUAGCCCUGGUCCAUGCAGGGGGUUCAGCCAAGCCCAAGACUCAAAGCUGCUUUCCUUUCAGGAUGUGUAGUAACAUAAGGUGAUAAUGGCCAAAAGUGGUUCUCUCUCAUUAAACCAACCAGUAAAAGCGUAUCCUAUUUUUUUGCACAAGGUGUUUCAUUUUCGUUUUUAUGGGAAACCAAGGGAAAAGCACAUUGCGAUCCAUUCAGUGUUCAACUGUCGUGGCUCAUUUUCUGUUCGUUAGCACUUGUGUGACAGAAGAGCUCAGAUCCGACUUCUCCUAUGUGUCACUUAUUCCAAGAACCCAACUAUGCCCUUAGGUAGAAAGAUUUGACUCAUGUGUCUACUAGCCAACAGGCAGAGCAGGGUUGAAAAAAAUAUCAGCUCCCAAAGGGCCCACCCAUGUGUCUACAUCAUCAGUUACUGUCAUGCACCACAUUUGUGUGCAGAUACCAAAAGAGGAGGAAAGAAGAAAAAAAUUAAUGUGUGGGAGCUGCACGUUUACAUGUUUUGAGCUAUGCUUCAAACACAACUGGAAAGCCAUCAAUCUUCAAAGGCCUCAAAAAUACUUUUAUAGUAACAAGUGCACAACUUUAGUUGGGUUAUUCAAGAUGGCACAAAAAGGUUUCCGCAGAGGUGGUAUGCUGUGCUUUUGGCGCAAGUGGUGGGGGGAUGGGGGUGGGGGUGGAAUUUUUUUCUCACUCUAAUGACUUCCUAUUGGAAAAGCAUUGACAGCCAGGGACAGGAGCCAGGGUGGGGGUAGUUUUGUGGGAAAGCAGAACUGAAGUUAGCUUAAGCAUAAAAACAAAGAAAAAUCUUCGCUUUUCAUGUAUGUGGAAUCCAAGAAUAACCAUAGGCUCUACCAGACCAGGAGGGUAAGGAUGGACACUAAAACGAAACAAAUACCAAGGUAUUCCUUCUGCUGCAGCCUGGAGACCACCGAGAGUCGAGCUGGGGCACACACACCUGGCCGGGACCCGGCAGGGACAAGGCGGGCCGUGGCCUCCUCCACCAAGUCUCUCUAGACAAUUCAGGGCCUGCUUUCCCCAGCUCCAUGCAUGGCUGGACUGGUGAUUCCAGGGUGCAGAAGGGAUUCAUAUUCCCAGAACGCUUUAAGUGUACACCUGCAGGAUAAAGAGAAACCGGUUACAUUAUUAAAUGAUUCUAGGGAUUCAUUGGGGGAUAUUUUUGUUGCUUUUACUUUCAUGGUUAGAGCUACAAAGAACAGUCAUUUUUUUUUCCUCCCUUCCCCAUUCAGAAACAUUAUACAUUGGGCCAUUUUUCUUUCUCCCAAAGAAGAUCCAUGAAUAGUCAGACUGAACUUUGUGUAACAGGAAAAGUCAAAAGGGAAAAGGAAGCUGAUGAGGUUACAUGGUUACAGGUUCUACAUCAUGCAGAGUAGCUUGAAAUCUAGUCUGGAGAAAACUGGAUCAAGGUUCUAGCCCACUGGAGUUGCAAGGAAUGAGAGGCAAAAAUUCUAAAGAUUUGGGUUAUAUUUUCAACUUGGGGGACAGAGAGAAAUGGAGUGAGAGCAGGAAUUACAGUUCCAACAAACAUCAUGAUAGUCUGGUAGUCAAGACAGAGAUUAAGUAAAACAGGUUUUACUGUUUAGCUGAGUUCAGUUAAUACAAAAUGUACAUAAAACGUUAGUCCUUUGAGACUGACAUGAUUAAUGAUCAGUGUGGUGGGAAAUGAUGUAGUUAUUGUACACAAGCACUUGCAAACUCCUUAUCCCUAUUUCUUUAAAACAAAAUAAGGUGAAAUACGAAGUCCCUGGUCUGAUAUAAAGCCCCUAUUGGAUUCUUCGGAUGCGUAAAAGAAAUUGCCUGUUUCAGCCAGAAGACUGGUGAAAACACAUACAUCAGACUAUGCUGUGAGCCAGGUUGAUUUUUUAUUUUAUUAUAUGCAGGUGAGUGUUGAAACUGUUAAAAUUCCAAUUUGUUUUCAUUCAGUAUUAGUUUAGUUCUAAAUAUAGCAAACCCCAUCCAGGUGCUAUCAGAUGACCAGUUACUGCUUAGUUAACUAGGUGUAAAGUUUUACAUAUACAUUAAUGUCAAUAGUUUAUUACAAGUUGUGUAAAAUGGACUCUAGUUUAAUAAUGGGGGAAAAAAGAUUAGGUUGCUCCUGAAACUGACUGUAGAGCAUGUAAAAUGAUUUUACUGGAUUCUGUUCAACUGUAAUCAAUGAAAAAGAUGUACGUUGUAGACAAAGUUGCAGAAUUAAAAAAAGAAAUCUGCUUUUAA